UAAUCGGCACAUUUUUGUCUAUUUCCACCCAAUAAAGGUAAAAUAAGCGUCAGAGUGAUUUUUCUUAAUUAAAUGCAUUAAUCAAUUUCAUUGUUGUCCAAGUUAUCAAAUUAUUUUGUCUAUUUGUUGGGUUUUAAAAAAUAAUACGCGAUUAAAACUGAGGAAAUAUGAGUUUUAAAUGUUUGUCAAAAUAUCGAAUAUAAAAAUUAAUAUACAAUAGAUUUUAAAUACAUAAAGUGUCAUAUUUAGCACGUUUACAAUCAAGUAUUCAUUUAAUUUAUUAUAUCAGCCGGAUUUAAUAACAUAAGAUAACUCAUAAACUAAACUAGUAUCCUUUUUCACUUCGAAUAUCAGCAGAUCUGCAGACAUUACAAAGAUAAAAAGUCACGUGAUGUCUAAUUACUAAGACUGUGUCAACCACGGGACAUGGUAUUUAAUAGUUGUGUAAACCACAAGGACAGAAAUAUUCUAUUUUCAAUGUGUAAUUCAGUUAUCUUCCGUUUAAUGUAAUAAAGAAAUGAAUGGAGUGUUAACCAAUAAAUUUGUUUUAAUAUUUAAACCGGAGUAGGAAAUUUUGUACAUUUACAUUGAGCAUAAUUUGAGCCGCGCCAUGACAAAACCAACAUAAUGGGUUUGCGACCACCAUGGAUCAAGCCAAGCCUGCGCAUCCGCGCAGUCUGAUCAGGAUCCAUGCUGUUCGCUAUCAGUUUCUCUACUUGUAAUAGGGUUUGUAAGCGAACAGCGUGGAUCCUGAUCAGACUGCGCGGAUGCGCAUGUUGAUCUGGAUCCAUGCUGGUCGCAAACCCAUUACGUUGGUUUUGUCGUGACGCGGCUCAUUUGAUUUAUUGGAAUUACAAUGGACAAGAUGACACACACUUGGAGUGUAUAUUAAAUUCAUCAUGAAUAACUCAAGCAGUAUCCAUCCUGAAGAAAUGAUGAGUUGUAAUAGUUCUAAUAUGACCAACCCAUUUAUGUGCAUGACCACCACUCAGAUUCUCCAGAUAACUGCGCCACAAAUUAUCCUCGUCGACAGGAUUAUCUCCCCUAUCUGGUACAUAAUCGGUCUCAUUGGGAAUCCAAUUUCAGCCGUAAUCUGGUUGUCCAGGAAAGUGUGCAAGACAAAUUCAUCCGCGGUGUACUUUGGUUCCCUUGCAAUAGUAGAGACGAUAUACCUUGUUCUACACUUCAUAAAAGAACUACAGUUUGCAUGGGGUGUAACAACCUUUGGCAUGAAAACAACAUGUAAACUAUUCAACUUCCUGCAAAUUACUCCACAGUAUCUGGUUCCAAUGUUGGUUCUAGGCUUCACAACAGAACGUUAUAUAGCUGUAUGUCACCCAUUUGUAAAAGAGAAAUACUGUACAGUUACCCGUGCUAAAAUUGUUAUCAUAUGUAUGUCUGCUCUUUCAAUAGCGAUUGGGCUUUUUCAGAUUUACGUUUGGGCUUGGGAUGAUGAAAUUGGAUGUGUGUUUAGGCCGAAUACUGAACAAUUUAACACAAUUUGGACUUGGCUAACAGAAAUGUUAAUAUUUGGUUUUAUUCCGGUGUCUUCCCUCGUUAUAAAUAUUCUUGUCAUCAUGGAAAUCAGACGCUUGUCAGCUCAAAGUGCUGCGCAUGGGCAAGGCCCGACAUCCGGUAAUGCAGCUUCAACUACAACAUUACUGUGUGUUUCUUUCUAUUUUAUAUUCACAUUGUUGCCAGCUACAAUAGUGUACGCCAUGCAGUCAUCAAUACCACAAGGUGACGUCAGUUUGCCAAUAAACACCUGGUCUGAUGAUCCCGUUUGGAGUGGAUAUUUCUCUUAUUUGACAAUAAGGUACAUUGUUGAAGAAAUUUGUUUGUCAAAUUACGCUACAUAUUUCAUCAUAUACUACGCAACCGGUGUAUAUUUCAGACGAGAGUUUAGAAAUCUGUUUGGAUUACAGAAAAAGAGAAAGGGUAAAGGUGUGAGCAGUCGAAGUAUGAUGUCAGAUUAUAGUAUAGUCCAUUCAAAUGGACGAAACACAUCUUGCACGGAGACAAUGCUUGUCGACUCUCCCAGUGACACGUGAUCAUUGAAGAAAUUCAAAGAGAUCACAUUCGAUGUUGGAUACAAGUGACAAGGUUGUAUUUUCUGUCGACAAGCGACAUCUGGUGUUUGUGAAAUGUAAUAUCUUCGCACCAUCUUUUUAUCUAGGAUAAUUGAAGUGCGGAAUACUAUUCACAUUAAUUCCCAAAGCGUUAAGCUUAUUAAGGACGAAAUAGUCUUAAUGUAUAUGGAUGACUGUAAAAAACUGUAAAAUAGGAUAUAUGCUUAUAUAUAGAUAUAUAUGAGUUACUGAAUGUUUCAGUAGAAACAAAUUUAUACGCCCUAACAAUUUUCUCGGGUGUGAUUUUGUUCUUUUUUAAAUAAGAAUUUAUAUGAGCUCGGCUGGUUUCAUCUGAUGUAAGUGACGACAAAUGGUAAGGGGUUAGGGUCAACAUAUCGCAUGUUAGAGUUGAUUAAUUAAUCUGUUGUAUGUUGUCUUUUAUUUAUUAUGCUGUUGUCAAGUAAUUAUUGUGUACAUGAAAAUCUGCACAGCAACAGUUUUAUCUAUCACCCGCGUCUUGAAUUUUUCCUAGUAUAUAUCCAAUAAUUAUUUAUUUCAAAUUCUUAUCAAUUCAGCAGACUUGGUCUUUUCAUAACAUGAAGCAUGUUGUAUUCUGUAAAUAUAAUGUGUUAUUUUAUUAUAAUGCAACAACGCCAAUAGUGUUAUAACAUAGAAAAUAUCAAUGUUGGACCGGAGUUGUCCUUUUGUGGCAGACAACUGUUAAGAAGUACCGAACUCGUACCUACAAAACGGGUAGCAAUUCUGAUUCUGUGCAAUUCUGGACCUAUUCCAGCAGCUACCGAUACUUUCACUCGUAAAUAAGGAAAAUUAACUUAUUUUAGUUUUGAACUACAACGUCAAAUAUUAAAACUGGUUCAUUGAACUUUAAGUUUCUAGUCUAAUAAUGAUAAUACAGAACCCCUUAAGGCCUCAACAGACGGUAGGAAUUAGUUGUACAGCACUAAUUAGGGAUAAGAUGUACAAUUUUCAAAGCAAUACAACACUUGCAUUCAGACGGGAAUUCUACACUGUAAGAAUCAUCUGAAGUUUCCCAUAAAAAGGAUCUCUUUACAUUGAUCCUUAACAUACUUUACUCCCUAAAUACUUUUUUCGCCAUGAGUAAAUAUAAGUAUAUAUAUAUUUAAUGUGAAGCCUGACAGAGACUCAAACCUGGGACCCUCGGAUUAUCGUACUGCGGCUCUACUGACUAAGCUAUCUGGCCGCCUACAAACUACCUCCCCUUCCCUAAUUAGAGAACAAUUAAAUACUGUGACAUAAUCAUUUUCGGAAUAACUUUGGAUUCGAACGUAACACAACUAUGGGUCUCCUGAAGAGUUUUUCAACAUCAUGUUACCCCAUCUUACUACUAUGUCUACCUUUUAGCCCUAAUUGUUCUGGAAUUUCUUCAUUACACCCAUUAUCAGGAGAUAAUUUGGUUAUCAGUUACUUGUCAUUGUGGGAGGUCUGUAAAAAUUUGUACGACAAGAUUUUCAAAAUAGAACAUGUCCUAUCCCUUACAUCUAGACUUAAGGUUUCCGAAAUC